AUGAAGACGCUUGUUCUCCUCUCUGCUCUUGUCCUGCUGGCCUUGCAGGUCCAGGCUGAUCCCAUUCAAGAGGCAGAGGAAGAGGCUAAAACUGAUGAGCAGCCAGCAGAUGAGGACCAGGAUGUGUCUGUCUCCUUUGAAGGCCCAGAAGCCUCUGCUGUUCAAGAUUUACGUGAAUGUGAAGUCAGGCGUGACCUGCUCUGCUAUUGCAGAAUCAGUUGUCAAUUUUGGGAACGACUGGCUGGGUCCUGUCGUUCUGGUGGCAUCACCUACCCCCUCUGCUGCCGCUGA